AUUGAUCUGCUUCACGUCUCUAUUUUCUUGGGAUGAGUACUUGCUUUAUUCUAUUUAUCUAGUGGUCUUCUCGGUACUUGUUAUUUAUCUAGGGGUCCUCCUAACAGUCCGUUCUUUUUAGUGUGUUUCCUGUUUGUACCUUUUGUUGUAGCUGGUUAAAUUCAAUGCUUCCAUAUUGCAUCAUAAUGCAUUUCAGGGAGCUGAAUGCCUUGCGGCCAUUUUUACGUGUGUCUGUCAUGAUAGGUUGGAACAAUUUUAUCUCUUGCAGGAUUUGGACAUGUUUUACUCUAACAAAUGAUUCCAAAUCUUCUUGAUUUCUUGCAUAAAUAAUGAUAAUUUAGGUUAGGUUCCAAUGUCAUAUACUGGCCCUUUGCCCAGGAGCUAAUAAUUCAGAAAAAUGAUGGAGAUGGUUAGGUAGGACUUGUGGAAACUAAGCUCACCACUAUAGCGAGAAUUAGACAUGGUUGUAGUAGUAUUCUUCUAGAAAAUACUGGUACCACAACCUGAAAAUCUAUGAACAUCUUAUUACAUUUUUCUGUUCAAGUUUGCAAAUAUCAUCUCUUGUUAUUUCAAUUUACUCAUUAACCAUUUUGGAUAAAGGCUUCAUGUGAUGUUUGUAGCACAAUUGCUCUUUAUAAAUUCAGCUGUGCUCUUUUGCAUACCAAAGUUUUUGCUUCAGUCAACCGUAAAUGCCCCUGAAAAAUUGAUGUCUCCUGGAGCUGUGCUGAUGUGGAGGGCAUGUGCGGGUCGCUGUGGGGCACGCACAGAUGCGUCUGCCCAUCUUCGACAAGGAGCAAUUCAGGGUAGGAUGGAUCCGCAUGGGCCUGGAGGACCGGGCUGGGGAGGCCCUGCAGGAUGGGGCCCUGGAGGCUGGGGUCCGGUUCCACCUGGUGGGCCUGGGUUUCCUGGUGGCCCUGGUUCUUGGGGGCCUGGGCUCGGUGGAUUCUUGGGAUCCUGCUUCUAUAUCCUGUGCUGCUGCUGCCUGCUCCAAGAUUGCUGCGGCCCUCUCUUCAGACGACCGGGCCCUGGCGGCCCGCCACCCCUUUUCUGAUAGCCUGCGGAGCUGCUGACUACAAGAAACAACUCAUUCAACUAAAUAUGCGUGGAAGAACCCACUUGUGUGAAGAUAUUGCAUCUUGGAAGUUGCCGUUGCUGCUAUGUAAACAUUACUGAAAAUCAUAUGGUCUUGGUAGUAUAUAUCUAUACUUGUGGAGACCACUGUUUCUGUCUUACAUAGUUUACCUGGUGCUACUGCUAUUUCAGAAUUGAAUUACACUA